AUGGGUGAAAAUCAAGAUUUUACCGUUUCUUUUCAAGACAGCAAGGCCGCAUACGUGCUUAGCAAUGUUGCGGAGGUGGUUGAACGAAUUCUGACAUUCGUACCUACCAAAUCGCUCCUCCGGAUUGCAAGUGUGUGCAGGCUGUGGAGAAACUGUGCCCGCAGAGUGCUGAGGACUCAGCAGCAGCUGACUUGGGUUUCAGCCUGUGGACCGUCCAACACAGAGGUCCAUGCCCUCUGCAGCAUCCUGGCUGAGGAGGUGGAGAAAGUAUUUCUCCUGCCUAAAACAGUUCUGGCAAUGGUGGACUGUGAGGCCUUCACUGGACAAGCUUAUAGCUACAGACAGAGUAAAGCAAAAAAGAGUCGCCAUAGUCCAGACACAGUUGAAGAACUGAACCUGCUCUUCCCCAAAGGCUGUGACAUCAUGGGCAUUGCCACACCAGGCAUAGUCUUGACUCCCAGUGGCUCCUGCUCCAGCCCUCCUCAGGAGUACCAAGAAGGGGAGGCAGGCUUUGCAAUCAUGUUGCCUAGCAUGGAAGGUGUCCACAUCAAGCCCUUUCACUUUUGCAAGAAGUCCAUCUCCCCAACUGCACUGAAAGAAGCAGGACUAGUUGACAACCCAGAGCUUCGUGUGGUACUGAUGUUUGUCUAUGAGGCAUAUAAAUCUGGAGGGGCACGCUUCCUCAACCAGCUGCUGGAGCCACUGGCCAAGAGUAAAGCUCUCAUCGCUGGAGGACUGGUAGAAAGUGUCUUCUCUCCCCCCAGACACUGCUGUAACCAGGGUGCAUAUGGCGUGGUGGGCCUGGCCCUGAGUGGCCCUAAGGUACAGGGGGCAUCUGUGCUAUUGGACCAAGACAUUAGCAGUCCAAAGGCGGCUGAAGCCACAAUCCGGCGGUUAAAGGCUGCCAAAAUUCCUGAGAGGAACACCCUAGGGUUCAUGUUUGCCUGCGUGGGGAGAGGCCAGAACUACUACAACAACCAGACCAAUGUAGAGGCCAAUGCCUUUCGCAAGGUGUUCCCCAACACCCCGCUCUUUGGCCUGUUCGGCAACGGUGAGAUUGGCUGCGACCGAAUCAUCAAAGACGACUACACGCUGUGUGACACUGACACAAACAGUCUGCAGCAUGAGUACACUACAGUCAUGACCCUGGUCCAUCUAGGCUGACUGACUGACUGACCUGCAGUAACAAUGGACAAACAGGAUAAAAGAUGACUGAUCACGCUCCUGUUUGCUACAGCAGUUGGGAACAACAAACAUUCUGUACAAUAUGUAACUCACAUUACGACUCAGAAUAUCGCUGUCACUACUUCCGCUUAUAAAGCAGGAAAAUGUCCCUUUGGUCAUCAAUACUUUGGCAUCAUUUGGGAAAUUACGUCCCUUGGAGACUGUGUGUGAACACAGCUUCAUACUAAAAUUACUAGUGAGUUUCCAAAAUAGGACCCUAAGAGGACAAACUGAUCAUCUCUGUUAACAUUCAGCUGAGAUAUAGCACUCGUGUAAUAUAUAUGUGUAUAUAUUUUUCCCAAAUUUCGCACACAUUGAUGGCAUAUCCUUCUAACCCUCUGACAUGAACCUCAUGGUUUGUUUGCUUUGCAGGUAAGUAGAUUAUACACACUUGUGUAUCCCAAGCUAUCGUUACAGUUGUUGAUUCAGCAAAGGCACUUUUUUAUUCAUGUAAGUAAGAGGAGUGUGGUCUUUCAUCCACAAAAUCAAGGUCAUUUUGAUUUAAAUGCUCUUCCUCCUCCUUAAGGUUUUACACUUAAGAUUUUUACACUUUUGUCUUACCAAUGGAAAAAUGAAACCGUGUUAGCCUACAAAUGAAUACUCUUACACAAGGUAUCUAUAUACUGUGGUUCAGUUGGGCACGGCGAGUUCAGUCAGAAUCUUACAGUGCCACUUUUUUUGUCCACAUGUCAGGUCAUAUCUCCUACUACCUACUUCCAACUGUUAAUGGUGGGGCUUAUUGGUCACUUCGUCUCUUCAGCUUCUGCAGCUUAAAAGAAAAAAUUCAACAAGGCAGGAAGGCUGCCCUGCUGAUUGUUUAAGUGACACUGACUGGCAGAAACUCUCAAUUUCACCUUGAUUUAGUUUCAGCUCUUCUACAAUUUCCUAAUUCAGGAGACAGUUGUGGGUGGUUGGAAAUCGAAGAAAUGUGAAUUCCUAUUUGGGGUCACUGGAUAUUAAAGAAUGAGUAUCUGGUAUUCUUUGCUAAAGUCAUAAAUAGUUGAGGUUCUUUUGAAAUCUUGAUAGUAUAGUUUGAGACUAACUACCUAGUUGCCCAUUUGAAGAAGCUGUCGAAAUUUUACAGAUGCCUUUACACAAUAGAAUACUGCUCUCUGUAAAUCCAUCGAAUGCUAGGCAUUUCAUGUCUAGAUUUCUUUCUGGAUGUUCCUGUCAUUGAUUGAUGUCUUGCUUUUCCUCACUAAGAAGAAAAUCUUGAUGACACUAUGGUGCAAUUUCCAAGUUUGUUUAUUUUUUUUGGUCGGAUAGUUGCUGUUAUUGUUGAAAAUAGCUGAUGAUAGCUGAAGUUUACCUUUUCUGUAAAAGCUGCAACAAUGAUUGUUGCAAGAAUGGAUGUUUUCAAGAAAGUUCAGAUAUUUUACUUUUAAAAAAAGGAAUUAGAAGUCAACAACCAAGAGUAUCUUCCUUCUUUGUAUCAUAAUGUGUACAUCUGCUCUUAUAGUUUUCGAAGAGGAAAUUAAAAUGUAUUUUAAGUUAGUUAACUAAAUUGUUAUGGUGUUGAUGCACUUUUCUACAUGUGCCAAAUCAUAUCUGUUCUGCUCAUUUUCCUUUAAUAAAUUGCAAACA